GCCAGUGGCGGCCACAGCCGCCAACCUCCAGUGCUGGUAGUCCUGCUGUGUCGUUGGGUCUGCACAUUGGCUCUGGCUUGCAGCAAUCACACGCGUGCCGAGCAUGUACAGCGGCACCUCCUCAUGUUGACGCCUGACGUGCUGAGCCUCGUAGACUCCUUUGUUGAAUCGCUCAUGGCCCGACAAGAGGUUGAUUCGAGUACCUCCCAACUCUUAGCGCUUCAGUCUGCGCUGGAUGCCGUCGUCGCACUUGUUGGACUGGGAAACCGCCAGCAGUCCGAGCGACCCGGAGAUCCAAGAGCCGCUUGCCGCGAAGUCCUAGAGGGAUUGGCUGAUCGUCUCCUGCAACAUGCAGAUGUCCAUCCAGCUGUGCUCGCACGGUUAGCUUUGUGCCACCUCGGGCUGGCCUUGCCCGUGGCCGAAGUGCUGGGACGCUUCCAAAGCCUGGAGCCCCCAGACCAGGCGCUUUUCUUGCAGCAGGCUUGCGCGCGCAGUCGCUUGCUCGCCAUGCCCACGUCGGAGGUACACGGGCAGCUGCAGGAUGCUGGCUUCGAGGGGGCCCAGGAAGAGCUGAGCCAUGCGCAGCCGCUUUUUGACUUGCUCAUGGAGCAAUGCAUCGAGCAGUUGCCGAACAGCCCUCAGCCAAGCGAUGCCGAUGACGCGAUUGAAGACAGCCCGCUGACGAAAGGCAUGUUCGGAUUGGAGGACAGUCUUGAAGAGCAGACAGAGAAGCCAAGCUUCUUGGGCGCUUUGGAUCUGCCGGCGUUGCCGUCACCGAAGCCCCGCCGGCGCACAAAGAAGCACCUGGGCCGCAGCGACAUCGCGCGGCUGCGCGGCGUGGACCCUCUGGAUGCUCCAGAGGAGUUGCGGUGCGCAAUCGACGGCAAGCUUAUGGCAGUUCCGCUGGUAUCGCCUCACGGUCACGUCUUCGAGCACGAGACGCUCCUGCAGUGGCUCAGCAGCUGCGGUAGCAUCUGCCCGAUCACCGGGAAGCCCCUCAGAGAAGAGGAUUGCGACCCUGCCGUGGAGAUUCAACAAAAGGUGCUGGACUGGGUCAAGGCUGCCCGGUCUUCCUACAAGCGCCGUCUCGAGGCGACGAGUGAGAUCGCUCAGGGUGCAGACUGA